CGUUACCUCAACACAAAGGGACAGCCGCUUGAAGAACACCGCACCUUGGCAUGAACAGCCGCAUUACGGUUAGUGCUCUUGCUUGUUCACUGAAUCAUCAGCGUAGAUGAUUUAAAUCAUCGAAAAUAUUGAAACAAUUACUCUAUCCCUACGUGAUAAGUCCGAUAAGGGGACUCUUACUACACUCUAAAAAUAGGAAUGAGAGAUCCAUGCCGUAUUUCGAGCUCUCGCAUUGUCUCUUUAGUAAGGAAGUGAUGGAUCUGGUGACGAGUGUGGUUCCAGUUAAUGACGAUGGUCCGCCAAGUGAGACUGCCGGUGGGGUGACGCACUCCAUCCUGUCUCAAGCUGUGCUGGAUGCAAUAAGCCACAUGGACUCCAAGUUAGCGUUCGACAUGAUGUUAGUGAACGAGCACCUUAACACUCAGGAUACUGCCAAUCGCUCGUUGAACGAAGAAGUGUCGUUCUUGAAGCAGACGUUGGCCAAGCAGACGCGCGAGCAGAGCGAGAUGUUCCAUUAUUUCCAUGACAAGACGGACGAGCACGUAGCUCGAAUAGCUGAACUCGAGCAGGCGUUAGCUGACGCUCAAGAAGAGAAGGAGAAGCUACUGGAAACGUCACGAGAAAUACUAGAAAACGAGCAACAAGAGCGCGCGUCCGAGCUCAGUAAAGCUCAACAGGAGGUGGCGAUUGUCAAGGAAGAGCUACGACAAGUACACGCCUUUGCACAAGCCAAACGUGAACUGGAGGCUCAUACUCGUGCGUUAGAGACAAAGCUGGAUGCCCAGCGCGCAGCGUUCCAAACUCAAAUGCAGGAUCUAGAGCGUCAUAAUCUACUGGAACAAGCUCGUAGUAAACAGGAGCUUCUUGGGCGGAUGCAGGCUGCUAAGGCGGAGUUGAUGCUGCGUACGAAUGACCAGGUGGCGUCAACGACGCAUCGCACGUUGCUUGAGAACGAACAUUUCACCCACGAGUUAGCGUUCCAGAGUCGAGAGACUGAGAAGCUUCUUGAGCGGCUGGAUGAAGCUCAACAGGAAGUGGCGAAGCUACGAGCUCAGAACAAAAUACUGGAGGAAAAUGAACAUCUGAUGGCGAAGAAGAACCGCUACUACCAGAAAAUCCUUGCAAAGUUACAGCAGGAUAAAACAGCAGACGCUAACAACGCAGUCCAGUUACAGAUCGGCAGUCUGACGGCUAUUAAAGAAGAUAUCUUUGAAGAAGAGAAAGCGAAAGUAACUAUUACCCUACCGGAAAAUUCAAGCGUAUCAAGUGAAGAGAAAGAGAAGCGACUCGAGAUCGAGACUCAGUUGCAGAGAGCCAUGGAGUGGCUUCGAGUCUUUCAACGCGAACGGCAGUUUAUAUUGGCGCAACAGGAUGAGGUGAUUCAGUUCCUUUAUCGUUCACUGGACGAAGCUACUGAAGCACGUCGAAGAAGUUACGGACGUUCUGAAAGCACACUAAAUGAGAUCAAUCCCUCGCUAUUCGGUGCAGCGAGUAAACGUGUUGAAGAGUUAAUUCAACUCGCUCCGAGUACGACAACAAUGGAAAUGUUUGGACGUCGAGUACUCACAUCUCGACCAGCGUUAGAUGAAUUAUCAUCGGAAGAUGCCCAUGAAGUUCUGCUAUUUCUAUUAGAGAAGCUUCGACUCUAUCAAGUACGGAUUGCAGCGGUCUACCCUAAUACUUCAAACUCUAACGUUACAAGCCCCGUUAAGCAAACGUUAGAGCGUCAACUUGGUGUUGAGCUGCCUCCAAUUACGAGUCCCCCUCAUUCGAGUCAAAGCCCCUCAUCGAUUAAGCAGAAACGACGUGUUUUUGCGCAUGUGGCUGCAGCUGUGGAUGCUGGUAAUACGGAGUGGCUGAAGCCCAAUACAGUGUAUUCACAUCCACAAGCACCGCUGAGCCCCCAACUUCUCGCAAUGGCGACCAACCAAUUCAAUUUUAUUAGUCAAACAGUCCAGAAAAGCCCAACAAAAAGACGACAUCAGCAACUUAAGCACAGCUCGCUUGGAAAGAAUCAUAUCUCCCCACCGUCUCGGAAAGUCCAAACUCAAAUUCACCCACUAAUUUCGUGUAAUAAGGAUGAAAUGGUGGCGCCUUGGGUAGGCACAUCAUCGACAGCAUCCAUCGUGCUUUGGAAUCAAUCUGGAGAUACUCAAGAUAUCAAAAAUUAA